UAGUGGAAAAGUUGCAAUAUUACUGUCCCCAAUCAACCGAGAUCAAAGCAUUUUAACUGACGUGGCAGAGCAUCACGUAGUGGGCGUGGGCAAGUAUUGUCAACAUCCUGGUGACAUAACCCGAUUCACCAAAAUGGCGACGGCGGAUCACAGAGAAGCAGGUCAGGACGACCCAGAGAGUGAAGAUGAGGUGUACGAGGUGGUGGACCUGACAGAAUAUGCCCGGAGGCACCAGUGGUGGAGCAGGGUGUUUGGGAGCAACUCUGGCCCAAUUGCUGAGAAGUAUUCUGUGGCCACGCAGCUCAUGAUGGGUGGGGUGACUGGAUGGUGUGCUGGUUACCUGUUCCAGAGAGUUGGGAAAAUAGCCGCGACCGCAGUAGGUGGAGGGUUCCUCCUUCUACAGAUUGCCAAUCACAGCGGCUACGUGCAGGUCGACUGGAAAAAAGUGGAGAAAGACGUGAACAAAGCAAAGAAGCACCUGAAGAAGAAAGCAAACAAAGCAGCUCCUGAAAUAAACACAUUCAUUGAGGAGGUAAAGGCCACAGACUUCAUAAAGAGGAACAUCGUCUUGUCCAGUGGCUUUGUCGGCGGCUUCUUUCUGGGCUUGGCAUCCUAAAACCGCCAUAUGCUUUACCCACUUCCAGGAACUGUGAAAUACAUCACUACAUAGGUCACUUUCCCCUUUAUCGUUUACCUCUCCGUGUCAUUAAAUCAUUUUGUAAUGAAUGGAAUAGGGGGGUGUUUCUGUUCAACAUUUAAGCAUGCUCUGUUGUGACAGUGAUAUAAACUGUAUAACUUUGUUCUCCUACACCCCUGCUGUUUUUUACUCCAAUCCGGGGUCAUUUGAUAGAACUGACUGCGCAUUUUGGAGAAUGUCUGAGGGGUGUGAUAUAGAACCAGAGUGUCUCAGUUACACUAUACUGUGAAGAUAAUAAUGUGGGACCCCGUGUGGAUUUUUGCCAGAUUGCAGAAUAUGCCAAGUUGCCACAAGGUAGCGUGUUUUUGUUGGCUUUUCAACACAAAUCUGAGUUGAAACGCUCCAUCCGUCUUAAUUAUUUGCCUGGUGGAUGGUGAUCUCAGAUUGGUUUAAGUUGGAAUGUGUGGGCACUAUUGUAAAUACAAAGCCAGCCCCCUGUGAGAGCUGUAAAUACCUACACAAGAAUAAAUAUUAUAUAAACAACAUGAAUGGCGGCAGAGUGGGAAGUUAGCGCCAUCCCCCAGUCUAGUGCUUAGAUGGUUUUUUUAACGUAGCUGUGAAGUUUGGGUUUAAGCACUAUUUUUUUAAAGAAUGGCACUGGCUUAGGGAUGGAAAAAACAUUCCCACUGUGAGGAUAUACAACACAUAUCAUGAUCAUAACUCAACUAAAUGUUAAAUCUGUGAAUAUUUUCUUCUUACACUGACAGAAGAGUAUUACAUACCAGUGUAUUCAUUUAUACCCACAAUCCUCCGCUCCUCAUUGGCCUUUAAUGACAGGAUGAGCAUCUGCUGUACACUAAUUACCGCCAUCACAGGCUAGCCGCCAAAAGGGAUACCAGUCCUGUCAUUAAAGAGCAUAAUGGAGAACCAAUUGUGACUCCCACGCCUGAGCUAUUGUCAUUGUGCAUUUGGUAACGUCAGUGGAACGCUGCAGUGAUGCUGCUGAGUCGUAUGUCGUCACUUUGUCUAAAUUGGACAUCCACACCAGAGUCCAGUUAAGCUGAUCACAAGUUGCUUAUGUUAAUUUUCUGCCUUUUUCUACCAGUGCAAUGUACGAGUCAUGUCGUUUUUCUUUAAAGAACUUGAGUGUCCAACUGUUUUUUGGGUUUUUUUUUGUUAAGCUGGUAUUUCCUUAUUUCUAUUUUUUUAAGUCUUGUUUAAACUGUAUGAAUUUGUUUGAGUGUUUAUUUUCUUUUUGAAUAAAGUUGCUUGAGUUUGUUGAAAGUAA